AUGCGGUUCUGGGCUCUGACAAUUGUGGCAGCUAGUGUCCUGUCGCAGGCAGGUGCGACAAGUGAAGCUGCUGAACAUAUCGCCGAGACGUACGAUUUCGUCGUAGUAGGUGGCGGAACAGCUGGACUUGCGCUUGCGUCACGCAUCAGCGUCGGCUUGCCCAACAGCACCGUUCUUGUGAUCGAAGCAGGACCAGAUGGACGUCAAGAGCCAGGCAUCUACAUCCCCGGACGGAAGGGCUCAACGCUUGGGGGCAAGUAUGAUUGGAAUCUCACAACUAUUCCGCAACCUAGUGUCAAUAACCGGACGUUUGCGCAGAAUCGUGGAAAGGUUCUUGGAGGCAGUAGUGCGCUAAACCUCAUGUCAUGGGAUCGUACCUCCAUUGCUGAACUUGACGCCUGGGAGAAGCUCGGUAACAAGGGCUGGAACUGGAAGACCCUGUAUCCUGCGAUGUUGAAAGCUGAAACGUUCUUGCCAUCGCCAGAGUAUGGAACGGAAGGCGUGGGCAAGUCUGGCCCUAUCCAAACUCUGAUCAGCCGGAUCUUUCCCAAGCACCAGUCUUCUUGGAUACCUACAUUGAACAACCUUGGCUUAAUUACCAACGGAGAAUCACUUAAUGGCCAUUCUGUCGGAGUCAGCACUCAACCGAACAACGUCAGCCCGAACUACACUCGAUCAUACGCACCUGAGUAUCUGAAGCUCACGAAAGACAACCUCGCUUUGAAACUUGACACACGCGUAGCGAAGGUCAACUUCGAAGGCAAGACUGCGACGGGCGUUACUCUCGAGGACGGAACCAUCGUCCAAGCUCGGAAAGAAGUCAUUCUGUCUGCAGGGUCGUUCCAGACUCCUGGUCUGCUCGAACUCUCUGGUAUUGGCAAUGCGACACACCUGAGGAAGUUGGGCAUUCCAAUCGUCAAGAAUCUGCCUUCCGUUGGCGAGAACCUCUCGGACCACAUUCGCAUCCAGAGCUCUUACCAGCUCAAGCCUGAGUAUCCAUCAUUUGACGUCCUAAAGAACACGACUCGUGCUGCUAUCGAGCUUGCAGCUUACAACGCUGGCCAAGUUUCAUUGUAUGACUACACCGCCAGCGGCUACGCUUACUUUCCUUGGGACAUUGUGUCAAACGACACCGCUGCCAAGUUUCGUACACUGGUCCAGGGCGACGCAUCUUUGACUUCAGCUGUCUACAAAGUCAAGAAGAGCUACCUUUCUCCACCCCUGAGCUCAACAGUACCGCAACUCGAAGUCAUCUUCUCAGAUGGUUACACGGGCCUCAAAGGCUACCCAGCUGCUAACUCCUCCCUGUUCGGCAUCGGCACCUUCUCCCUGAUUGGCGUAGUUCAGCACCCACUUAGCAAAGGUCACGUCCACAUUGAUUCGCGCAACAUCAGCGACAAGCCCAUCAUCAAUCCGAACUACCUAUCGCACCCAUAUGAUCUUCAGGCCGUUACCAACCUCGCCAAGUUUCUGCGUACGAUUGCUUCCACGGCACCUCUGAAGGAUGUAUGGACCGAGGAGUAUGAACCAGGCAAGGCAGUUCAAAGUGACGAAGAAUGGAACAAGUAUGCAUUGGCGAAUACGCUCAGUAUCUAUCAUCCUGUUGGCACCGCGGCUCUGCUUCCGGAGGAGGAUGGUGGUGUUGUCGAUUCGAACUUGAGGGUGUAUGGCACGAAGGGGUUGAGGGUAGUUGAUGCGAGUAUCAUUCCGUUGUUGCCAAGUGCGCAUAUCCAGACACUGGUGUACGGAAUCGCAGAGAGAGCUGCAGAUCUGAUCAUCAGGAACCAUAUGUAA